AUGUCCAGGAGGCUCAGCUCCCAGUUACAGCGAAAAUUCCCGGAAGAUCUCUACUGUGAGAAACACCUGGAACCAGUGCAGUUGUUCUGUGUUGAUGACCAAAUCCUGCUGUGUGGCCAGUGCUUCCACUCUCAGGAGCACGAGAAUCACUUGGUGUGUGGAGUACAAGAGGCUGCUGGCGUUUAUAGGAAGUUAUUCCAGGAGAUAUUGAACACAUUGAAGGAGAAACUUGAAGUAGCUAAAAGCAUAUUGGCUGAUGAGCAAGAAAGAAUGGUGAUGAUUCAGGGAGAAGAGCAGGAUUUUAAAGAGAUGAUUGAGUCUGAAUAUAGAAUAAGGUUCCGGUUGAUGGUUGAAGAGAUGAACUUCCGGAGCCUACAAGACUGCGUAUUCAACCCAAAGUUGAGGGAAGACCAUCUGAAUCAAGUGCUGGCGUUUGCCACAGAGCUGAAGGGGCAGUCCCAGGAAACGCUACAGAGACUGAAUGAUUUGGGGAAAGAGAACAUGAAUAAACUGAAGGAGAGUGAAGGCCGGCUUUCAGGACACAUCUGCAGCCUUCAAAAGAUGACUGUAGAGCUGGAGAAGAAGUGUGGGAAAUACACCCUAAUGGUGCUCCAGAAUGCAGGAUCUUCUUUGAAAAGGAGUGAGUCACUACUGCUUCAGUGUCUGGAGCAAGCCCAAAUCACGGACCUGAGUUUAUGCCAAGUAACAGGAAUGAGCAGAAUGCUCAAAGUUCUGCAAAGAGCUGUCACUUUGGAUCCUAAAACAGCUAAUCCCUGUUUGGUCUUAUCUGAGGAUCUGAGAAGCAUGCAUCUCAGAAAUGUCCAGCAGGACUUGCCUCGCAGCCCAGGAAGAUUUGUCUUCAGUGCCACCGUGUUGGGUGUGGAAAGCUUCACCUCAGGGAGGCACUACUGGGAGGUGGAUGUGGAGAAGGCCACCAAGUGGCAGUUGGGGGUAUCUGAAGAUUCUGCCAGCAGACAUGGUGAUCUACCCACCGCUUUGGGAAAUAAAGUCUUGCUCAUGGGUUCUUUGAUGGGAACCAAUUAUACCUUCUGGGCCUUUCCCCCUCUGAAGAGGGUCUCCUUGAGAGGAGAGCAGAUGCACAAAGUUGGAGUGUUCCUGGACUGUGAGUCUGGGCAGAUAUCCUUCUAUGAUGUGGCAAACAGAUCCCUCAUUUAUAAUUUCUCUUCCCUCACCUUCCAAGGAGCUCUCAGGCCCAUAUUUUCUCUUUGUAUCCCAAGUGGAGUCACCAAUUCAGACUCACUUAGCAUUUGUCUUCCUCCCGUUUCUUCUUGUGAUGUUACUAUUAGCCCACAGUCUUCCUUGGUAUGAAA